GCUAGUUCUGGCAACCCUGAUAAGCCAAGGGAACAAACGAAACGAGCAGAAGAAAGUAGCACGAGACACGAGUGCUGAAAAUCUCACCACUUCGAGCUAAAACUGUCGCUGAAUGCCGUAUAUUUACAGUAUGUGGGAGAUAUUUCUUAUUUACAUAUUUGGCUGAUUUAAUCCCAGAGUUGAUAUCUGGUCUUGUUUGUGUCGGUAUCACACAUGAUCACAACUCCCACAACAAUUCACCAACAAAUACUGGGAAUAUUCACAUCAUCCUACAAGAGAAGGACAAACUCCAGGUGUAGCAGCUGAAAUCUGUGUGACUGAUAAAGAUGGAGUUUCAUUAAAGAGGAGAUUGAAGACAUGAGUGAUCCAGAAGCCAUCCAGAAUAAAACAUGAAGAUACUGAGGAACAAAUAGACCAGAUGGAAGUGAAGGAGCAAAGACACAAACUGUAUAAAGUGGAGGGAAAACGUAACUUAAAAACUCAACGAAAGAAUGCCAAAAAGCUGCACACCUGCACUCAGUGUGAAAAGAGUUUCACAUAUAUAUCUGGACUCCAAAAUCAUCUGCGCAUUCACACCGGAGAAAAGCCAUUUAACUGUGAUCAGUGUGGUAAAGAUUUUAAUUUAUCAGCAGAUCUAAAAAAACACCUGAAAGUUCAUUUGGAUAAGAGGCCUUAUGUGUGUUCUCUCUGUGGAAAGAGUUUUACACGGCUGGAUCAUUGUAAACAGCACCAGAAAACACAUAAUGAAGUGAAAGAUCACGUGUGUUUGGACUGUGGGAAGAGCUUUAAUAGAGCUGGCAAUCUGAAAGAGCACCGAAGAAUUCAUACUGGAGAAAAACCUUACAAGUGCUCAUAUUGUAACAAGAGUUUCACUCUGUCUGGAACCCUGAAAUCACAUGUGCGAGUUCAUACUGGAGAGAAGCCGUACCACUGUACUCAGUGUGAGAAGAGCUUCAAAAGUAAAAUUGCUCUCGAUAAUCAUCUGCGCGUUCACUCUGGAGAAAAGCCAUUUAACUGUGAUCAGUGUGGGAAAGGAUUUAAUGUAUCAUCAAAUUUAAAAGAACAUCUGAAAAUGCAUACAAAUGACAGGCAAUAUGUGUGUUGUUUUUGUGGAAAGAGUUUUAAGUGGCGGAACUCUCUUAUACUGCACCAGAAAAUACACACCGGUGAGAAAGAUCAUGUGUGUUUGGACUGUGGGAAGAGCUUUACUACAGCUGGUGAACUGAAACAGCACCAAAGAGUUCAUACUGGAGAAAGACCUUACAAGUGCUCAUAUUGUGACAGGAAAUUCUCUCAGGUUGGACACCUGAAAACACAUAAGCAACUUCAUACUGAAGAAAACCGCUGUACUCACUGUGGAGAGAGUUUUCUAUUUUCAUCAAGCCUUCUUAUUCAUAUAAACAAAUAUCAUAAUCCAUUAUAACUUCAAUAACUAACUUUAAUUUUCAUUGCAAAUACACAUUUUAGUUUCAUUUUGUUAAUUUGUUGAAAUGCUCUGAGAACUAUAAAUACUUGAGAGUUGAAGCUUCACCAGUCAACAACUCUUACAUUAAAAGUGCAGUUUUGUAUAUUCUGUUAGGCUGGGUUGUGUCUAGAAUACAUGAAGGUAAUUUGCUUUUCACUAAUUAGUCUAUUAAUGUGUUCUAGAGUAUAUAGAGUUCUGAAAUAAGAGGAUAUACAUCUUGUCUUGAUUGAGUUAUUAUUGACUGAGAAUGAAUUUAGUUUCAAACAAUACUGCACUAAAUAAAUUUGAGAUGUACUGUAUUAAUAAAAUAAUCCCAGACUGAAUGAUCAGGUCUUGUAUCAAGAGGUUGGUGUCCUGUUUUAUUAUUGACUGUUUAAGGACACUAAAGUACCAAAGCUUCAGUUCACCAGAUUUGGUGGCUGUAGUUAGAAAAUAACAGCUGUUGUAAAGUUAAAACGGCAACUGAGAAAUAAAAUUAUUUUCUUUAUUUACUAUUUAAAAGAUUUGAGUAAACUGUAAAGUCUAUUUUAUACUUGCCUACAUUAAAACUAUUAAAUAAACUUAAUGUACAAAUAUAUAACCCUGUACUACUUUAAUUUAGAUAUACUUAUUAUUUUCAUGGAUUCAAUGUGUGUGUAUGUAUAUAUAUAUAUAUAUACACAGAUGUAACAUACAAAAGAAGACUAAUUAGAAAGCAAGCAUGUAAGCUGAAAAACAAGGGUGACUAGACUGUUGAAGUCAUGUUUACGAUUAUAGCGGGUUUUUGUUGUUGUUGUUUUUUGCAUUAUGUCAGUGCAGGGAUGUGAUUUUCUUAAGAAUGUGCGGGCCCUUAAGAAGUCGUGACAUUGCGCGCACUGACUGAGGAUGCGCAGAAGAGACUAGUUCAAGCUGAACGCUGUUGAUAACUGAUUAUCGACUAUGAAAAAAAAAAGACUGUCGCCGAAUAUUUUCGCUCGAUGCUGUAUAUUUCCAAUCUGCGUGUGAGCAAUGUUCCAAAUUUAAAUAUUUUGAUAUUAAUUGGCUCUAGUGUUUAUGUAUUAAUGUAAUGAAACACAUUAUGGGCCCUGGUUUAGUAAUAAAAUUUUAUAUAAAACCA